GUCGCACAUGCACCGGAAGAGACCCUUGAUGUAACCAGACCAUUAAAGAUGGCGGCGCUGGCGGGACCUCGCCUCGCUCUGUUUGGCUCUUUUUCAACCAGGCCAAUUUCAGUUUUUGCUAUUCAGCAGAAAUGUCUCCACAGCAGCGCUAAAGGUGAUAAUACCACCAGCACCAGUGUUGUGCCAGUCAGAGAGAAAAGCACAGCUCUGGCUGCAGCCAAGCCAUCAGCAGUGGCCAGCAGCAAGGCGGACUAUGUGGUGGCGAAGCUCGACGAUCUGAUCAACUGGGCCCGCAGAAGCUCUCUGUGGCCCAUGACCUUUGGCUUGGCAUGCUGCGCUGUAGAGAUGAUGCACAUGGCGGCCCCUCGUUACGACAUGGACCGCUUCGGAGUCGUGUUCAGAGCGAGUCCUCGACAGGCUGAUGUCAUGAUUGUGGCGGGAACUCUGACCAAUAAGAUGGCUCCGGCUCUGCGGAAGGUGUACGACCAGAUGCCUGAGCCCAGAUACGUAAUUUCCAUGGGAAGUUGUGCUAACGGAGGAGGUUACUACCACUACUCCUACGCUGUGGUGCGAGGCUGUGACCGCAUCGUGCCGGUGGACAUUUAUGUACCAGGUUGUCCUCCCACAGCAGAAGCUCUCCUGUACGGCACUUUACAGCUGCAAAAGAAAAUCAAACGAGAGAAGAAGAUAAGUAUCUGGUACAGGAAGUGAGCGUGUAGUAUAUCUGUGUAAAUCUGUGUGUAAAUGUUGUAUUUCUGGUUUCAUUUGGAGCAUUGCUCCUCUUCCGCAUAGAGCAGCAGAAACUUCAGUAAAUGAAAUAUUGUAAUUUAUGCAAAGCUGCUUCUCAUGAGACUCACCAGCUUCUGCUCUGUUUUGGUUUCUGGGUCUUUAAAUCACUGUUACUGUUUUAAAACACAGUUUAAAGACAAAUCAGUUUAAGCAGCAUUUAUGACUCUACACAUGGUUGUAAACAAAACAAGUGAUGCACCACAAUAUAAUAAAUGUUAUUUCCAAUAAAUUUUGGUUCAUAAAAAUCAA